AUGUGCAAAUUAAAAGACAAAGGAGGUGAUCUCCGGCGCUACCAAGACCUGUACAAGGCAGCUCUAGCAGGAGACUGGGAGACCGCCGAGAGGACUUUCGAGAGUGACCCCGAAGCAAAAACGGCCAUAGUUUCUACACGACAAGAAACCGCGUUGCAUGUGGCAACUUCAAUGGGACAGACACGAUUCUUAGAGAAGCUAGUACAGCUGCUGUCCCCGAAAGAUCUGGAAAUGACAGAUUGCGAUGGCCAGACGGCCCUCCACAUUGCUGCAAUAUAUGGGAGUUUGGACGCGGUAAAGACUCCGCUCAAGAAAAACAAGAUGUUGACCCAAAUGGUUGGCGCUCCUAAUGGAGUUACGGCCCUCUUCUCCGCAGCCUAUUACGACAGCAAAGAUGUGAUGUGGCACCUUACCUUGAAUACUACUGCUGAUCCUCCUCCUCGUCCCUUCACGGGCCCUAAGGCUGGAGGCCUCAUUCGGGGGCUGGUGUGGUCAGGUUCCUACGAUGUUUGCCUUCACCUAUUGGAGAGAUAUCCAAACUUAGCUACCGCAACAAUUGAAUCACAACAGGGAAUGCUGUCAGCUUUGACGGACAAGCCUUCUGAUUUCGAAAGUGGAUGCAAGCUUCACUUCUGGCAGAGAUGCAUAUACCACCUUCUUCCGGAGGAAGUGGUCCUCGACGGCCAUAUGCCAACUCGACUACUCAAAAAUGAUGUGGAAGACCCUGAUCCGGCAGUGAACGCCCAAACAUCACCGACUUCAGCUGUAACACAUUGGACUCGAGCAUUUGGGGCGAUCAAGUGCAUCAAAGAUGAAAAGUACAAACACAAAUGCACCCGCAGGCUUGUGGAAAUAGCAUGCCAAGAGAUUUCACGCAGUAUGACUCCGCCUGAGAUACUUCAGUUCCUUGCAAGUGAUAAUGUUCCACGAGUAGCAGCGCGUAAAGGCAUAAUUGAAAUAGUAACCAUUUGCCUUCAGUAA